AUGAAGACAUCUCAGUCCAAAGGAUCAAAAUUCCUCAUUUUAGCAGUAUCAAUUUUCAUGUUGUCAUGUACUCAUUCUAAUGGUGAUAUUAAUGAGAGCAAAGGUUACCAGUUCUCAGACAACAUAGCUCUCGGUGACAAAUUCAAGUCCAAUCUCAACAAUCUCUUCAAUUCACUAUCAUCAAAUGUGGCUCCCAAUGGCUUCUACAAAUCCACAUUCGGCAAAAACUCUGACAAGGUCUACGGCCUAGCACAAUGCAGAGCCGACAUCUCACCCGCCAAUUGCACCAAUUGUAUCAAUGAGUCCAUCAAUGUGGCAUUGCAAAACAUUUCAAACAGCAAUUCUGUUGAGGUUUGGUUCACAUGGUGUUUUCUUCGCUAUUCGAAUAAAAGUUUCUUCGGUGUCUGGGAAAAAGGCUCGAUGGGAGUGACGACUGACAUGGGUUUUGAUGACGCUGCUGUGGUGCCAAAAGGGGUGGCAUUCAUGUCUGGGAUUGCGUCGAUGGCUCCAAAUAAGCCGCGGAUGGUUGAGAUGUCGGUGUUGGAUGUUGGGCAGAGUGGGAAGAGGUAUGGGAUGGCUCAGUGCAGGAGGGAUUUGAGUAGGUCAGAUUGUGGAAAGUGUUUGGAUGAUCAAUUGAUGAGUUUUACGUACUCUGUUGAAGAUAAAAGAGGAUGGGAGAUUUAUGGGAUGAGUUGCAACAGGUGGUAUCAUGAUUUCCAAUUCUAUUCCAACAUAUCAAUCACUGCUAGUGCUGGUGUGAAGUAUUUGAUAAACUCUACACAUUGA